UUCAACAACUUAUAUACAUAUAUAUACUAGCUAAAAGCAACAAACCAUGAAUCGAGCAAUGGCUACGGCGGCGAUCCUCAUUGCGGCGGUGCUCGCCGCGCUGCCGCGGCCUGGCCAAGCCGUGGACUGCGCCCAGGUGGACUUCACGGUGUCCCCUUGCCUCGCCUAUCUCCAGAACGGCGGCGACGCUCCUCCACAACCGUGCUGUGACGCCGUUAACGCCCUGAUCAGGAUAACGCCGUCGCAGCAGGAUCGGCAGGACGCCUGUGAAUGUCUCAAGGCCGCCGCCCCUACCUUCGGCAUCAAGGCCGAGGUCGCCGCCGGUCUUCCCGCCAAAUGCGGCGUUUCCACCGGCGUCCCCAUCAGCCUCGACAUCAACUGUCAAAGCAUCGGUUGAACGUUGAAUUGAAUGCAUGGCGGACAACCGGACUGAAUAAUCCGAUGAGAAGCUUUGGAUGGCUACUGGAAAUAAUCCGUUUUGUUCAUCUUUAAUUUUUUGUUUGCAAUAAAGAUUGAAGUGUGGCUUUUGUGAUAUUAUAUUGUACACAAAUUAAAGGUUUAUAAGUAUCUAUGAAUCAAAUUAUUCGGUCCCCUUUA